AUGGACCUCGAGAGCAAGCGGGUCUGGGACUAUGCGGGCGACGGCUAUGUUCAUCGGAUCAUCCAAGACGCGGCGAAACCAGGUGAGAAGUUGGUUGAGCUUCCAGGCAGACGACGUGAGCCGACUGCUCUUCAGGGAGAGGAGGAUCUCGAGGUUGCAAAAAUGGACAAUAUUGCACUGGAGUACACACACUUGCUCACAAGCCAGCUGGAAAGUCAGAGGGUUUAUUUUGAGGAAGUCGUCCAGAGAGCUGUGGACAAAGCCUCGGAAGCAACCAAGAAAGCAGACAGAGCGAUAGAGGAGAGUCGCCUCGCUACUGAGAGACUGUCUACGCUAGAAAGCGAACAUGACUUUGUCGCCAAAGGUCUUGUCCCAGAGCUGGAAAAGGAAAAAGCACGACUCGAAAAACGAAGUGCCAAGUUUGAAGAAAUGGCCAGAACCAUCAACCAAAAAUACCAAGAAGAGAAAGCGUUGACAAAGUCACUGAUGCAGAGGAUUGAGCACUACGAGACUUCACAGGAGACCCAAGUGGAAAAGCUGAAGCAGACGAUACAGAAACUUGAGGAAGAAAAUGCCACAAAAGACUUGCUAAUGGAGGGGCUGAGGGACGAACACCGCGAUGCGAUGAUGCAGAUCUCCGCCCAGAGAAAGUUGCAGGAAAUGGUGGAGAAAGGGGAGCUGGAGCAAGAGGAUCUGGAGGGCGCUGUCAUCGAGGCCGGGCCCGCUCCAGCUCCGAAGAGAAUCUUGCGCGGAGGGAAAGGAAGGAGAGUCUUGAACAGUCCAAGCCAGCGCCUUAACGUUUCCAAAGACCUACCUCAACAGCAGGCGGCAACCACCUCCAAACAACAAGUAUCCUCUGCCUCCAGAGAUACCCCUGAGGAAGCUCCUUCUAUCUACAACGACAUUUUCGGCGAAAGUUCUCGAAGCCAAGACUGGGACGAAGAGAAGGCGAAGAAGAUCCUCGACGAGUGUAGGGCAAAACUGCUCGGGGAGGGUCUACUCGUCCCAUCCGCGCCGACUUCGACCUCCGCGCACGUCGAGACCGAAGGCAGUAGUGACGCCGAGCCUGACGGCGAGGGGGGCGGUGAUGAAGCAAAGCCCAAAGGGACUGCCACGAGGAAGAAGAAGGGAAAGAGAAAAGCCAAAAAGUGA